UAGUUGGGCUGUAAGAAUUGUGGUUUUAAUUUCCAAUGUUGAAUGAAUAAGAACAAAUUUUUAUUUCAGUUAAAAGUGAUGAAGGUUUGGCAGGCGUUUAAAGUGUAUAGAGCGGCCAAGAGAUUUAAGAGAGCUAGAAUGAAUUCUCUAAGAGUGAGUAGGGGGGAGAGAGCUCGAUAUCCUUGGUACGAAGAAUGCUGGACAUGGAUGAUGGAAUGUUGUCCAACUAAUCGUCUUUUGAGGCGAUUGUGCUCAAGUGGAACGAUUGAAAAUUUCACCUUGAAAAGUUGCUUUGGUUUUGGUGUCGGAGUGUUGUCAGCCACUGCAAUGUUUUUCUUCUUUCUCAACCAAUUGAAUUGCAAUCCUCGAAUUACAAGUAUCCUUUCUUGUUUGAUUGGAGCUCUCUUCGCUAAUGGUCUUGCAUUCAGCCACGAAUGCCGCUGUAUGACCAUGUUGGCUGUUCCACAAUUAUUUUCCAGUCGUGGUCGCGUUGUCUUGCUGGCUUAUACGUAUAUUCUCGUGAUGAGUGGACCGACGAAGAAUGCUUUACGAAACGCCAAUAUUCUAGUGAGCAGCCUCAACUGUGGACAAGAACUGGUCGUCAAGCAAACAAAGGCCAUUCUUAAAGCCAUCUUUGCACCACUCGUAGUUAUUGUUGAUGCCAUGCGAGAUAUUUUAAAAGCUUUGAAAUCUUUCGCUAUCCAGGUAAAAGAAGCUUUCAUCGCCAUUCGUGAUUUGUUUCUGGAAAUCAUUGAGGCUAUCAAGACAAUAUUCGAAUGGCUUAUGAGAAUCGUGAGUGUGUGCAGUAGUCGGUAUGGCAGCCCCUAUAAUCGGUGUUUGAGGGCUUUCGACGACGCUAAAGAAGAUUGCAUGGGUAAAAUGGGCGCCUUCAGUUUUCUCUGCAACAUAGUAAGCAGCGUGCAGUUCGUAUGUGAAGUCGCAAGAAUUGUUGAUCUUCUAUGUUCUCUGCCAAAAGCUAUCAAAACUGGAAUAAUUGAGCCGCUCAAAGAACAUUUGCAAGUGUUCACUCGCUACAUGUACUAUCAGUUUUAUGUGAAUGUGACAUUUGUCCAUUACUACAACUAUUCAUUGGAACAGAGCAAAUCCUUUUCGGAGAUCCGAGGUGACAUAGCUCAAGAGAUAAAGCAUCGAACAGAAUGGAUCACAGCCUUCAUAGAUUGGUCUGACUUGGGACUGGCCUUCGUUUUCUUCAUACUCAUCUUUAAGGCGUACGUGUACCGCCUGCGUUACAAGAAAGCUGAUCACUUUGAUAACAAAUACAUAUCUUCAGACUUUGUAAGCAUGGAUGACCGUCGUGCCAUUAUGGGGAAAGAGACCGUUUUACCUCUCACAAAACGAGAGAGGAGGAAAUACGUGAGCACAUUCUCUGUUCGAAUGGUGGCUGCCGAGAAAAAGAAGCUCUCUGUGUCAGGUAUGGCCCUCCUUACAUCCGGCAUACAAAUGGCCCUCUAUAUCAUCCUCGACUAUUCACUCUACCAUCUUCUAAUCAUCAUCAGAUUCUACGGAAAGAUUCAAUCAAAGGGACGGCUUCCAUCCGGUAUUCAACUGGAAGUGAAAGGAAGUGGAGUUCUGGCAGAUAUGUACCGGCAGAUAAUCACUCAAUUCGAUCCCCUGAUGAGUACAGUUCCCGAGUUUGACACCACCGAAUGCUUACCUGAUCCUAUACCUAUCGAUCUAGACAAAUAUCAGAAGAUAGGUUUCCUCUACAUCUUAUGUGUGUUGAUGGUGUUUACGGAAAGUUACGGUUUAAGACUAAGACACAUCAUCUGUUCACUAUUCUAUCCCGAGAGAGAGAAAUUGCGGACAGUUUGGCUGUAUAACAAGAUCUUGAGAUCGAGGGGUGGCAUUCGCAAAUACCUUCGCAGAAAGUUGCGACGCAAAUUUUAUGGCGACGACACCACCGAGCAAGUGUCCCUCGUCUGGCGCCUCAUCAACAGAUACACCCUUCUCUGGAAGCUCUUGAAAUUCUUCGGAUUUGUCAAGCAGUACUGUUUAGUCUGCAAUGAAGUGGCUGAUGAUAGUUUUAGACGGUGCAUGAUACCUGGUUGCAAAGGUCUUUAUUGUCUUUCGUGCUUCGAAGAGUUGGAUGGAUUGUGUACAUUGUGCAUGAAUCCCGUCUGUUACGGAGAUUUCUCUGAUCUCAGUGAAGAAAGGUUGGAUAUUUAAUUGAAAAGAUCUCUUACACUGUAAACACCAAACCAUUUUACGGAUUUCAGUCUCGUGAUCAGAUCAAUUUGGUGAUUCAUAUAACGUAUA